GCUGAACAGCGCUCAUGCAGAUCAAUGUCGCUCCGACGCUGAAGCCAGUGCGCCUGUCGGUCUGGGAAUGAGUGCAACUUACACACUAUCCUCUCUGCCGCACCGCUUCUUCUUUUUAUUCUCGCUUCAUUGGAAAGGCAAACGCCGGGCGGCUGUUUUCAGAGCCAGACCCAAGAUGGGCUCUUUGUCGGCCCUGCGGACUGUCCUGGUCCUGGGCCUGGUGACCGGACUGGCAGGAUGCGCCCCCGGCCUGAACCGAACAGCGGACCGCUGGGAGGCCCUCUACUCCCGGUCUUUGGCACGGAUCCCGGGAGAGAAGCGGGAGGAGAUCAGCCGGGACAGCGACUACCUCUUGGGCAUUAAAAGGUUGCGGCGCCUCUAUUGCAACGUGGGGAUUGGCUUUCACAUUCAGGUGUUACCGGACGGUAGAAUAACGGGGAUACAUAAUGAGAAUCGUUACAGUCUUCUGCAGAUCUCUCCAGUGGAGAGGGGAGUUGUAACUCUGCGGGGUGUGCGCAGUGAAUUCUUUGUGGCCAUGAACCGACGAGGAAAGCUCUAUGGAUCUUUACACUACAACAAUGAGUGCAAAUUCAGAGAGAAGCUCCUCGCCAACAACUACAACGCCUACGAGUCGGUGGCCUACGCAGGGAUGUACAUCGGCCUGAGUAAGAACGGCAAAACAAAAAGAGGAAACCGAGUGUCCCCCGCCAUGACGGUGACACAUUUCUUACCAAGAAUAUAAUCAUAAAUAGACUUCACCUCAAUGUGGAGGAAGCAGGAGGGAGGGAACUCCAAACUAUGAUGCACUUUCACUCCAAGCUUUAUGCAAGUGUAUGAUAUUUGAUCUUUUUAUAUGUAUAUAUUCAUUUUUCUAAUUUAUGUUUAACAACAGUUUUGUAUUUUUAGGAGGGGUUGUCUUUUUACUGUGGGGGAUCCGACUUUUUUGUUUAAAUUUUUUAAAUUUAUCAAAUAUUUGCUGCUACUGAAUGAAAUCGUAUUUCAGAAUUUUGGUUUUCUCUACACUGAUGUCAAUAUGCAACAGUGCACGGGAAACAUUUAUCACUUAACUAUGUUUUUUUUUAUUUACAACAAAACAGGACCUGUUGAGUCUCAGCCUUCAAAGAGAAUUAAGUUGCAAAUCUGGUGUCAAUGAUUGCCCAAUGCAGCAGGUCUUUUGUAUGGCACUGGAGCCUAAUUGAAACCCUAUCAUCUUUCUGCCAGAGAGAGAGAGCGAUAAAAAGGGAGAGACAGUGUGUGUGUGUGUGUGUGUGUGUGUGUGUAUGUAUGUAUGUAUGUAUGUAUGUAUGUAUGUAUGUGUGUGUGUGUGUGUGUGUGUGUGUGUGUGUUGGGGGUGGUGGGGGUUGUUGAAGAAACCCCACCACCUCCACUAGUCUGUUUAUAGCUUUGCCAAGGCUGGUGAACUCUGAACUAUUCUGCCGUCAAUCUCAGUCAGAUCUAUAAGACUGCCGAUAGAGAGAGGCACCCUCUUUGACAUUAUAUAAGUGGGGAGUUUGGGGAUUUUAAAGGCAAUGUCAAAGCGCUCAAAUGCAACAGAGAAAACAUAGCCCUGACUGAGGAAUAGGAAUAUUCUUUAUGUCAGGUUAUUUCUGAUUGUUCCGUAGCGCUGGGAGUGGAAGAAAUCUGUCUGCCUGCUAUUACUCAGGAUAUGGUUAUGUAGAUUGGACAGAUAUGACCUUUAUUGCUGAGUUGUAUCAUUUAUCUAGUAAUCUUUGCCUUCACAUAAAGUAAUAUGAUGGGAAUUUUGACAAAAUUGGAAAGUUGAAUUCACAAUCAAUAAAACAGCCCAGACUAAACAAAUUAUAGCCAUUUAUAACCUUUCAAAUUUUCACAUCUGUGCUGCUGUUCUGCAAAAGUUACAUAGUCUUUGAUUUAAAAACACAUAGUCUGGUUGUCAAUGUGAGGUGUGAGGGAAAGAUACAGUCCAGCAAAAAUGGCACAAUAGUUCCAUAAAGAACUUACAAAACAUUUUAACAACAGUAAGUUUAAGAUAUAUUUUUCUUAAAUUGUGAACAGAGCCUGGCUAUCAGUUGCCCCCUGUCUGAAGUCUGUAUGCUAAGCUAGGAUAACUGCCACUAGUACAUGAGAGUCAAAUCUGUUUUCAUUGAUUAACACAAUUAUUUCCCAAAAUAUUGACCGGCCCCUUCAUUCAUAUUAGUACCUUGAGUCAUGGUCUUACUUGAGUUUUUAAAGGAAUUUCUGAGGCUUAGUGCAUUUACCCUCCUCUCAUUUCUAUGUUCUGUAGUGAUAAACAACAACAAACCUAGGAUAAAAUAAGCUCACAUUUAUAUUGUUGUGAGGAUAGAAACUUUGAUGCAGUUCCAGUAUGACCAAUUUCCACUUCCUCCUUGUGCAUCUUCUCUUUUAAUAAACCAUCAUUGAUUUUCAGGUAUUGCUUCAACCUCCUACAGCACAAAAUCCUUCCCCUGCACUAGCUCAGUUUACAAAUUCCCUAGAUCCCCUUUUUCUUGUAUUUGUUUCCUUUCUGUCUUUCUGAGUCCCUGCAGUUGACGGCAGCUCAGCUCUGGUGGCCAUGUUGUCCUAGUUGCGCCUUGUCACGUUCCAGCUAUCUUUACCCUGUGAUUUACUUUUAGAAAGGAUAAUCAUGGGAGAAAUAUUUACGGACAGCUGUUGGACAGUACUAUAUGCUAGGGCCAGUAACCCUAUAUUUUUCUUUAUAUAUUUUGUAAAUAUAACCUCUAAGUAACUGAAGGUGCUGGUAUUCCUUUUGGAGCCGGGGGUUGGGUGGUAAGGGGUGACAGUUUUAAAUCAACAGAGCUGUGGGAAGGUUCUGUCUCAAAGCAUGAAGUGCAUUUGAUUGGUUCACUUUGGUUCAAUCAAUGAACAGGUACACCAAUCCUCCACAACACAGGUCAAAAAAGGACUGGUGAGAAAUAGAUGACCAUAUUUAACCUCUUUCUUCUUUUUUCUUUGCUAUGCUCUCCAUGUUGUCUUAUACAGUCUUUCAUCUUAGAGGUUUGAAAUCUCAGUUUCAACAUUCCACGUACAAUUGCAUACAUUGUAAGUCAGGCCCAACUGUUUGGGACUGAUUUAUCUUAUCUCUGCUGAGAAACAGUGCCUUCAGUAGAACUGAUGGCCGGCCCCACUGAACACACAUGCUGGGUGUUAGGUUACAAAUUGGUAAAGCAAAUAUCAUGCAAACCUUUGCUGUCGUUGCUUCAGGCUAUAAUUCCUGCAAGAGUAUAGAUGUAGAGAAUGAUCUGAACUCUGCGGGUUCAGUAAUGUGAAAAAAAAUUUAGACUAUCAGAUCAGGUGCUUAAGCAACUGUCUGCUGGCCCUGUAAAAUCUCUUUUUACAAUAAAUUUAAAUCUUUUCUCCAGGAUCCCAUCUGGUAAUAUAUGCAGGUGUACUGAUGUAUCUGGUGCUCACAGCUGGGCUCAGAGUUCUCAGGUGUCACUGUUUUGCAUGGCAGUCAUCAUGUUUACAGUAGAAUACCUUUCUGGCCUCUGUCACUGACCCAGGGCUAGCCCUCUACUCUGGCUGCUCAUUUGUUUAUUUAGCUACAAAGCAAGACCAGGGAAGUUCAGAAGUCUGUCACUGGUGUAGCACCCUCAUUACUCACUCAAAUUAUGGACGAAGUGGUAAACAGCAGGUUGACUGUCAUAGCUGACCACAUGGUCUUUGACAGUCUCACAGAAUGUCCAUAAAAAGUUUUUGAGGUGUGUUUUUCUGUCAUCCAUCUGCCAUGGAACUUAUCAUGAUUUAAUCUGUGCAUACAGGCAGCUUAAUGGCUCGUGUAACCACUUAUGCCAUAUGCCUAUAAACAUGACCUGAAGCAUUUUACGCUUAGUUUUCUUGGAUUUUAUGCUAGUAACUACAAUUAAUUUGUGUUGGCAUCUGAGUAUGAGGUGUUCAACGAUUCAGCCAACUCAUGAAACCUUUACCAUGUAGGUUCGGUUAAAGUAUGUAAAGUAUGUAAAGUUUGUCAGCUGUUGCAUUUGUUGUGCGCAUGCGCCCUGUAAAUUCAUGUUAACGGCACAUUUAUAUGAAACACCCACCACCAGCACCUUUACAUCCCAUGAGUUAAAUGCCUGUGUCUCCAUUCUGAGGUUAUGUCAAUUGUUGUUAUGAGUUCAGAGGUUUGGUCAGAUCAUGGACAUCUUAGACUGGAGAUAUACUUAUAACUUUUUCACACAUUUGCACAGAUGACCAUAUAUGUUGUAUGUUAUUGUUCACAUACAUGCUGUGUACUAAGUGUGUACUACUCAUGUUACGGGAGUGUUCCCCUAGAGGGUACACCACAGAACUAAGACUGAAUAGAACUUUACAUUCUGUGAAUUUAAUCCACAUGGACACUGUAGCUGUGUCUCAAUUCAGUGGCUGCAUCCUCCGGAGGACCCGGUCUACGCAGCUGACGUCAGCUGCAUCCUUCAACUGCUGGGUACACUGUGUCAGGCAAACCGAAAGAGACGGUCUGGUCUUCCUAUUCCGUCACCAGCUUGUC